CAUAAGUUGAUACAAGAGAGUUCCACAACUCACAGACUACACUACUGCCGUGGAACCUAUUUCCGCAAAGUGGUACAGUGACUGGAUUGUGUAGCCGACUUUGCAAUGGAUUCAUAUGAUGUUAUAGCAAACCAGCCUGUCGUCAUAGACAAUGGCUCUGGUGUCAUCAAAGCAGGUUUUGCAGGAGACCAAGUUCCCAAAUACAUAUUUCCAAAUUACAUUGGCCGUCCAAAGCAUGUACGCAUUAUGGCAGGAGCUCUUGAAGGGGACAUUUUUCUGGGACCAGAAGCUGAGGAACACAGAGGAUUGCUUUCUAUCCGCUAUCCAAUGGAGCAUGGAAUUGUGAAAGACUGGAAUGACAUGGAACAAAUAUGGCAAUACAUUUAUUCAAAGGAUCAAUUACAGACCAUUUCAGAAGAGCAUCCUGUGUUAUUGACAGAGGCACCCCUGAACCCGCAGAGAAAUCGGGAGAAAGCGGCGGAAAUAUUUUUCGAAACAUUCAACGUUCCCGCCUUAUUCAUCUCCAUGCAAGCUGUGUUGAGUCUGUAUGCCACUGGGCGUACCACUGGUGUUGUGCUAGACGCAGGAGAUGGUGUGACUCACGCAGUGCCCAUCUACGAAGGUUUUGCCAUGCCACACAGCAUAAUGAGAGUUGACAUAGCAGGAAGAGACGUUACCCGCUACUUGCGUCUGUUGUUGAGGAAAGAGGGCUUUGACUUCCACACGUCUGCUGAGUUUGAAGUUGUGAAACAGCUGAAAGAGAGGACUUGUUAUCUCUCCAUCAACCCACUAAGGGAAGAAAGUAUGGAGUCAGAAAAGGUUCAGUACACUCUUCCAGAUGGCAAUGAAGUGGAGAUUGGACCUGCAAGGUUCCGGGCACCAGAGUUGCUCUUCAGACCAGAUCUGGUUGGGGAUGAGUGUGAGGGAAUCCAUGAAGUCUUAUCCUGUGCUAUUCAGAAGUCAGACCUGGACUUGAGGAAGACACUGUAUUCGAACAUUGUUCUUAGUGGAGGAUCUACAUUGUUCAAAGGAUUUGGAGACAGGCUCUUAAGUGAAUUGAAGAAAUUAGCUCCAAGAGAAGUGAAAUUGAGGAUAUCUGCUCCCCAAGAGAGAUUGUACUCAACUUGGAUUGGAGGUUCCAUCCUGGCAUCCCUGGACACUUUCAGAAAGAUGUGGGUUUCAAAACGAGAAUAUCACGAGGAAGGAGUGAAGGCCAUUCAUAGAAAAACGUUUUAGCCUCUAGUCAGUGUAGCUUUUAGUUUUGUCAUUUGUAAUCAAUCUCUUCAUAGAGGGAUAUGAAGUACGAAGCAACCGGGUGUCCUAAAGAAAACCCUGAUGAAUUCCAACUCUGUGCAUAUCUGUGAAAAAUGAGUCCUUUGUAACAAUUUGGUACAUGAUGAAAAUUAAUUUAUCUUAAUCUGUAGCAACAACUGUGUUUUUUGGUGCAUUGAAAUUAAUUUGCAGUUUUGUUCGAAAUUUUGUAUGCAGCUUUAACAUAGUUGGAAUUCUUCUAAGGGGUAUUUUGAUAAAUGAACAAACUUGAAGUAAAAAACCAAAAACCAAAAAAAUCCCUGAAAUAGACUUAAAUCAGUGAAGUACACCUUAAAUAAUUGUUAUGGUGAUUCACAUUUGUUCUGUGUAUUACUCAAGCCCAGUUCUAUGUGAACUUUUCCUAUCAAGGGUGUAUUUUUUGUGGUUUGAAUUUUAAUGUAAAAUGUAGCUAGCCAUAAAUUUUGCUUUUUGGGGGGAAAAAAUUGCAAAAUUAUUUGUGAUGACCCGUAUUUCCACGUGAGCAGGUGAGCACUGCUCCUCACUUUGUGCAUAUGUUCUGUGUGGCGUUGUCAGCAGAACUAGGCUCAGAAGCACUUGGAAUGAAAGUUAAGAAAGUUUAUUGUUGUAAAAUGUCAGAGGUUCUGGAUUUUUAGAUGUCAGCUUGUUUCCAGACCUUAUUUUCAAACAUUAUGGCACUUUUUUGCGGCCUCACCUACUGUGAAAAGUUAGUUGCAUAGGAUGCACAAACUUUUUUCAGGAAGUUAGAAUUGUUUAUUUCUAAGAUACUCUUCUUCAGUUGAGCAGAAAAAUGCUCAUUAAUCAUGCCUUGUUGUGUGAACCCUGGUUGUUGUUUUGUUUUUGUUUUUUUUGUCCCAAGUUUUCAUCGCAUAGGAUAUCAUUUAUUGUGCUUUACGGAAAGAAUUUUAAGCAAUGUUCUGAAACAUUCUCAUAACCUGUUGAUAGUUGUUUUUAGUCGGCUGUGGAUACAAUGAUGUCAAUCAUAUAAAACCUGUCUGAUUUGCCCAUUGCCAGUGGGAGAAAGCUAACUUAUCACGAAUUCACUGGUAUUCUUAACUUGUUUCUGUUUUUGAAGAUUAAUUCAGAAAUCAAGAUAUUUUUGUGUGCUUUCAUUUUCCAUUUCGUUGUACUUAUUCUCUUUUGAUUGAGUUGAGAGUGAAAUGGAAGAAUUUAUGUGUCCAAUUCUUUUUGUAGAAGUUGAGGGAUGGAAAAGAGCUUUGGUGGGCAGAUAAAUUCAUUAGAAGUAUGGUCUUAAUGAUCAGCCCCUGUAAGACCUUGUGAAAGGGGACGUUUAAUAUUAUAAUCAUCCUCUUAAAUGCUUUAGUUCUGGUGCCAAAAUUGCAGAGUGUUAAGUGUUAUUUGUUGUUGUUUUUUAAUGAUAUUGUUUAUUUUUUUGGUUUGUUCCAUCAAAGACAUUAAGGCUUAUAAGUAGAGGAUAUUCUAAAAGAAAGUUUGAAUCUUUGAGAAUUUAGCAAAAUAACGUUUUUAAUCUUCAAAGAGUUUCUUAAUACAAUGAGUGUUCAUGUGUAUUUUUAAGUGCCUGUCGUGCCAAGAAGCAGGGCUCUAGGCCUAGCGCUGGUUUCUGUGACUGAGUUUUUUUGCUUAUAAAUCGAAUUAAUAUGUUAGCAGGGUCUAUUUGUAUUUGGGUUUUAUAUGCUACUAUACGUUCUGAUGACCUGUCCUUUCCAGUGCAAGAUGAUGAUUGGAAUAAAUUAUAAUGCAUCUGAAGUUUGUUUAGAGUCAACUGUUAGCUUUGAAGGAUACUCCAAAUACACGUAACACGCUUGUUGUUAUGAAGCGUUUCCUGAGAGACAUCUGCUUUAUAUUGUUGAAAUUGGAAUUGAAGCAAGAGAUUGCUUUCUAGUUAUGUUGCACAGAUAUGUGUUGUGAUGGUUUUUAAAGCAUGGAUGAAUAAAAUAAAAGGGAGUUGAAGUGGUGGGGGUGGGGGGAAAAAACAACAAUUUUUCGAAUUUCGACGAGUAGUAAGCCUGUUGCUCUGAACACUUUCACAAUGAGCGUUCAUGUUCAUGCAAAGUGUUCAUAAUUUACAAUUCCUUGAAUUACAUGGGGAGAUGGUGAAGCUCUUGGGACUGCUUUUUUAAGCCAUUGUUUUCUUGGAACAUUGGUAAACUAUAUUUUAGCUUAUCGCUUGGAAUACUCAUGUAUGUUUAUCAAUCCAAUAGGAAUACGGGAAUGUUGUUGCCACUUAUAUAUAAAUGUACCCAAUCGACAUUUAUGCCCCAUUUCUCUUUGGGGUUGUUUUCAGUUCAGUUUUAAAACUCUAGCCUUGCCUCCUGUAUGAUUUAAAUUUCUGUAGACUUGCGUAGUCAGGAGGGAAAGUGAACUUAACUGGUGAUAGGGUUGACACAAAGUUUGUUUCUUUUACUUUUCUCUUUAGCAGUACCAUAACCUCAGUGUUCCGUGAGAAUGUAAGUUUUGUUUUCAGAUUUGAGUUCUCAUUGGCAAAACUGUGCGGGUAUGCUUGUGUGUGAUUUAAACCUUGACCUUUUUACUGCCUUUUUCUUUAUCACUGUUCAAUUUGUCUCCCCUUUUUUUUUAUUGUUUAAGAAUCGCGAGUUUUGUGACAUAUUUCUUUGUAAAGUGCUUGCCAUUUCCCCAAUCAAGGUUACAAUAUCAUUGCAAUGUGUUGUUUUGUGUACUCGUUGCCGCAAACUUUUCAUUAUGAAUUUCUGCUGUGUGUGUGGGGGUGAAAUACAAACUGUAAACAAAGACAGAAAUGUAUGACCCUAUGGCCCUAUGAUUUUAUUAAGUCCCUUAAAGAUUAUGAAAGAGAGUGAUUUGUUUGGUGCUUGUUGUGAGUUGUAUGCGAGGGUCAGGUUUUUCCCCCAACGCGUCAAUGGUUUGCUUGACUGGAGUGUGCUUCAGCUACUCGAGUAAAUGAUCACAGGUGGACACAAGGAAUAUAGAGACCUUGAAAAAAAAUUAUUCUCUGAAUAAUUGAUUUAAGAUGUUGCUGUUCUCCAUUCAUCACACAUCAGCCAAUGCAAACAUAAACUUACGGUCUUUUUGAUAGCGUAGAAACAAAUUGGGCAUGUGUGUGAUCAUUGAUGACCUUAUUCUAUCCAAAGAGGAAAGGCUGCAAAGUUUAAACAAGCUUAAAUAUUUGCUGGUUCUCUUCAUGGUUGAAACACAGGACUAACGUCUGCUGUGAAAUGACUAGAAGACAUCUUAACUUCCUUGCUAAACAGUAUAAAAAGUAAAAGUUCGGUUCUCUUGACUGGACGAUAUAUUGUUUAGCACCAGUACUGCUGCCUCUCUUUGAGAAUGUAGGCCUAUCCAUCUCGGCACAUUUUUUCCCCCGACAGGCAGGCAGGUUUUGAAGCAGCCCACCUCUACACCUCUACAUUGUGUUGAUGUGAGCAUAGAACACUUACAUUGGGGGGGGGGGUCAAUUGGAGAAAAUUGAAUUUGGAAGUGCCAGUUCUGUUGGCCCCAAGGACAAAGAUGAAAGUAUAGAAUGUAUUCCUUUCACUUCCAAAGACAUUUUAUCAGUAAAAUCCAAGACGGUCGUCCAUAUUACGUUGUGACACUGGUUCUUAGAAUAUAUUGCGUAGGUUCUGCUGUUGGUAGGUGCAGAAGAGUUGAAAAAAAAUAUGGGUCCACCUUUAAUGUUCCUUGGGUAUGGUGCAUAACUUUCUCCCUUAUUGUUAUUCUUCUUCUUAUAAUAAGUAGCUCCUCAUCACAGGUGUGAAGACCAUACAUUUCCCCUGGUGCAAUAUAUAUAAUAAUGCUCUUUUGCGCUGUAGUCAUUGUUUACUCGGUUUCUUUUUGUCCUGAAACAUAGAUGCAUUUGGUGAUGGAAAUUCUGUACGUCUUCCAUUGUUCCUGGUGUUAGUGUCCCACAAUUCUGAAAAUAAUGGAACCCCUGAUAAGGCUAGCUUAAGAUUUCAGCAAAUUUUAAGAAUAAUGCCACAUGUUGAAGGGUCAUCAGAUACUCCAAAAGUGAUGCUGUAUUAGAUCUAUGUGGCUUUUAUAAUUUAUUACCGAUUUUUUUUGGGGGGUGGGGGGGGUCUUUUUUUUUUCCAAAUUAUCACACCUGGUUGGAUGUUUUCCAUAUUUUCUAGACUGCUUAAUUAUGUGUUUCCUUUUCAAAUGUGCACAUGACAUUAGUCAAUGACCAAACAGUUCUGUGUUCAUCGUUCAGUAAUUGUGAAACCAAUGUGGUUUGGUGUACUUUUGUCUGUAUGUAGAUCCAACGUCUACAUCAUAUAAUCUUGUCACUCUGCUGUUCUCCACAUGAGAAAAGCAUUGUACUUUUCUGUGUGUAUGUAACUUGUAACAAUCUGACUUGUCCCUAGAGAAAGAAAACCUGAACAUUUGUUUGGUUGUGUGCUAUUAUCAUGUGCUGUUUGCUACGCGAUGCUUUUUUUUUUUUUCUUUUUUGAUCUUUGUAAAUAUAACUCUGACACAAAAGA